AUGCGGCCCUUGAAAGAACCCUGGCAGAUCGCCGACGCCGCCGCGGCCUGGCGGAACGCGGAAACGGCGGCAGCAGCAGCAGCAGGGCAAGGAGCCGGUCGCCUCGGGCUGGGCCAAGCGAGGAUGGGACAGACCUGGCACAGCAGCGCCGGGCUCUCGAACGGCGGGGGAGGGAGUUCGAGCAGCAGCAGCAGCGCGAACACCUACUGCCAGGAACAUGACCUGCAGCGGCGGAUCCACAGGCAGGAACAGCAGCUCGCCGCACAGGAGCGGGACAUCUGGAGUUGGCGGCGCGUGCCCAAGCUCAACGGGUUGUCGGCGCUACUGGCGCCGGUUGUGGCAGAGCUCCUCGCGCAUAUGUUGGCUCCUUUUGGCGUCACCUGUGGCAAGCGCCGAGCCAAGGGGAAGAGCAAGGGCGAGGGCGAGGUGUGUAUCAAAGGGCUGGGUGUUCACGAGGGCUGGACGCUGGCGGAGUUCGUGCGGGAAAUCCAACGUUUUCAAGAGGGCUCCGACUACGGGUAUCAGGCGCGGCGAGGAACUGUGACCUGGGACCUACUCUUCCGCAAGAAGUCCCUUCGAAAGCUCCUCGCAGAUCUUGAAGAGGCUGGGCUGGAAGAAGAGGAUGUCCUCGUUCGUGAUUUGCUUGAUGGCGGAGAGACGGUAUACUACCGACUGUAUGAUGAAUAG